GUCUCAGCUGUCAGAGGUUUGAUCAACAUACUCACUGGUACAAUUUUAUAAGAAACGGUGAACUCACAGGGGAUUUGAACGAGAGGCAUUAAAACCCUUUGCAUGAGGCAUAUGUGGCCCUUCUAACGCCAUUCAAUCCCAGUAUCAGAGCCCAAGCGCAAAAGUCUCAUUUGUUUCAACAUUCGUUAUCUGCGGAUCCAUCAUCAUAUCUCCCAAGUCGACAGGUCGAAAUCCUCUACAAUCACGACGGGGACAAGUGACACAACAACCAGAACCAUGGCAUCCAAAACCUUUACUCUGAAUACCGGAGCCAAGAUGCCGGCUGUCGGCUUCGGCACAUUCGCCAACGAAGGCGCCAAGGGAGAGACAUACGCAGCCGUCACAAAGGCGUUGGACGUUGGAUAUCGACACCUCGACUGUGCCUGGUUCUACCACAACGAGGAUGAGGUUGGCGACGCAAUCCGAGAUUUCCUCGCUCGCCGACCCGACGUUACCCGCAAAGAUCUCUUUAUCUGUACCAAAGUUUGGAACCACUUACACGAGCCGGAGGAUGUUAAGUGGAGUGCCAAGAAUUCGUGCGAGAACCUCAAGGUUGACUACAUCGACUUGUUCCUUGUUCAUUGGCCCAUUGCGGCUGAACGGAACGACGACAUGAGCGUAAAAAUAGGACCAGAUGGGAAAUACGUCAUCAACAAGGCCCUGACAGAGAACCCUGAACCAACAUGGCGAGCAAUGGAGGAGCUAGCUAGGAGCGGUCUUGUCAAAGCAAUUGGCGUCUCCAACUGGACUAUCCAAGGAUUGAAGCAGCUUCUUCAGAUUGCCACCAUCAAACCAGCAGUAAACCAGAUUGAGAUUCACCCAUUUCUACCAAAUGAGGAUCUCGUGGCAUUCUGCUUCCAGAACGAUAUCUUGCCAGAAGCCUACUCGCCGCUUGGCUCUCAAAACCAGGUUCCAAGUACUGGUGAGCGAGUACGCGAUGAUCCGACUCUCAACGUAGUUGCCGAGAGAAGCGGCUAUAGCCUUGCUCAGAUACUGCUGGCCUGGGGUCUGAAGAGAGGCUAUGCUGUGCUCCCAAAAAGCUCGACUCCCAGCCGUAUCGAAAGCAAUUUUGUAAUUCCAGAACUAAGCGACGAGGAUUUCGCAGCCAUCGAGCAGGUUGCAAAGGGGAGACAUGCUAGGUUUGUGAAUAUGAAGGACACCUUUGGAUACAAUGUUUGGCCGGAAGAAGAAUAAACUGUCUCUAAAUAUCAUGAAGCUCUUAUGAGAAUUUAUUUUUUUUCUCACUAUUUUCAUUCUGUUUCAGAUAUCUGAGCGAAAAAAAACAAUAAAGAAAUACUUCACCAGCUUGAGAAAAAUACUGUCUCGCUACAUGGUCAACUAGAGCCUGAAUCCUGUAUAGCGCAUAUCACGGCCAUAUCGAAAGCUAACAUGUCAAUCAAC